CUCACUAUACUUCUCUGCAGUGCCACAGGUCUCUGCUUGAGGAUCUGUCUAAAUGCAAGUGGCUCUCCAAAGCAGCUUCACCAGGCACUUGGCUAAUGUGAAACAUCCUUCAGUGAUGCUGCCCUCAUCCAGAGGAGAACAGGAUUGUCUUGAUUGCCUAUAUCCAGCAUCACCUGGUGCUUUGCCUUCUCCCCCAACUUCUGGGAAUUUGCAGAAGCCUGAUGUUUUCCUGGUCGAGGGCAAUGCCACAUGCAGAGAUCCAUGACCUCUGCAUUCCUAGAGAUACACAAUGGACAUGAGUCACAGGACAUUUUCCUCUUUCUCUGCUCCAUUGUCUCUUCCUCAGAAUGAUGGUUUUCUUCUCUUUUAAGUGCAGUAUCCAAGACAGUUUGUGACUUUUUCCUGUUUUCCUGAAAACUCAGCCUGGUUGUUGGCUAACACAUCCAGGAGCUCAAAUGGGAAUGAGAGUCUUCAGAUGCUGUUUAUCAUAUAAAUUGGCCUGAUGUAGAGUAGUAAAUUCAGGAAAACCUUCUGGGAAGGCAAAUUCUUUGUCAGAGAACAUGGACAGUUGGCUUCAUGAGCCAUCUGUGUCGGAAAAUGUUGGAAUGUGAGUGCUCAGUGCUUAUGAAUACUCAGCCAGAAGAUUUGUUGUUCCAGACCAAGCAAUAACUGCAGCUGUUUGUUUUAUAAAACAGGAAGGAAGGAGAAGAUCUCAUCAGAUCCAGGAUACAAGUGGAACAACAACCUGCUGCAACCUGGCCGUGCGCUGAUGAAAAGUUGUUCUGGGUUUUGUAGCAGCCCCAGACUUUUGUACGAGGGGCUGAUGGAAACUCAUUGCUCCACACUGCUGGGGAGGAGAGAAGACACUCAAGCAAAGGGAUUCCUCUUGUUUCCUCAAGUUUUCCUCUCUCCUUGAUGGUCUUGCCUCCUGUGUCCUUGAACAGAGAGGCAGGUUUUGAAGUCAGCCUGGCCAGAGGAGCAGUUAUUUCUUCAGCUGAGAAAAACCUUUCCAUGGUGUCCACAACAGUGAUGAAAAGAGAAGCCCCUCUUAGAGACUGAACUUAUCUGUCAGGAAAAUACCAUUUACAGGACUUGUCAUGUCUCCCUUCCUGCGUAUUGGUUUGUCCAACUAUGACAGCGGCCCUUACCUGCCAUCCCAGGGGGAGGUGAUUAACCCCUACUGUGCUGUGAUGGUUAAAGAAGCCGUGGAGUCAGAGAAUGGCCAAGUGUACGUGCAGAAGAAGCCCACCAUGUACCCACCCUGGAACAGCACUUUUGAUGCCCACAUUAACAAUGGCCGGGUCAUGCACAUUGUGGUCAAGGACAAAAGUGCUGAAAUGGUCUCGGAAACCACAGUGGAGCUCAAGGUGCUGGCAGAGAGGUGCAAAAAGAGCAAUGGGAAGACAGAGAUAUGGCUAGAACUGAAGCCUCAAGGGCGAAUGCUGAUGAAUGCAAGAUACUUCCUGGAAAUAAGUGAUGCGAAGGACCUGGCUGACUGCGAGACUGAAGGCUUCUUCUCCUUGCACCAGCGCAGGGGAGCCAUCAAACAGGCCAAAAUCCACAACAUCAAAUGUCAUGAGUUUACAGCCACCUUCUUUCCACAACCCACUUUCUGCUUAAAGUUAUUGCUCUCCUUUAUUCUACUGAGGCUGUCAGACAACUCAUCUAACCACUGCUCUAUUCAUUUCAGGGGUCUGAAUAAACAAGGCUAUCAAUGCAGACAAUGUAACGCUGCCAUUCAUAAGAAGUGCAUUGACAAAGUAAUAGCCAAGUGUACAGGAUCAGCAAUCAAUAGCAGAGAAACAAUGUUCCACAAGGAGAGGUUCAAGAUAGACAUGCCUCACCGCUUCAAAGUCUACAACUACAAGAGCCCCACCUUCUGUGAGCACUGUGGCACCCUCCUCUGGGGCCUGGCACGGCAGGGGCUGAAGUGUGAUGAGUGUGGCAUGAACGUCCACCACAAGUGCCAGACAAAAGUAGCAAAUCUUUGUGGAGUGAACCAGAAACUAAUGGCUGAAGCUCUGGCAAUGAUAGAGAGCACUCAGCAGGCUCGCUGCCAGCGUGACAGUGAACAGAUCUCCAGGGAUGGACCUCUGGAAAUCGGCUUCCCUGUCCCUGUGAAGGAUGUGACACCACUUCAGGCCUUGCCAGCAUCCACAAAAAAAGAGCCACAAGGCAUCUCCUGGGAGACUCCAGUGGAGGGCACAGUGAAGGGGGAGUCUCUCAUAGAGUCAGACUUGGGAGGACAGUCCCAGGAACAGCAGGAGCACCAAGUGCAGUUAAAACUGACCAUUGAAGAUUUUGUCCUGCACAAGAUGCUGGGGAAGGGCAGUUUUGGCAAGGUGUUCCUGGCUGAGUUGAAGAGCACAGACCAGUAUUUUGCUGUGAAAGCCCUGAAGAAGGAUGUGGUGCUGAUGGAUGAUGAUGUUGAGUGUACAAUGGUGGAGAAGAGAGUCCUCUCCUUGGCUUGGGAGCAUCCAUUCCUCACUCAUGUCUUCUGCACGUUCCAGACCAAGGAAAACCUCUUUUUUGUGAUGGAAUACCUCAAUGGAGGAGACCUCAUGUUCCAUAUCCAGAGCUGCCAUAAGUUCGACCUUCCCAGAGCAACGUUUUAUGCUGCUGAAAUCAUUUGUGGGCUCCAGUUCCUCCAUUCCAAGGGCAUAAUAUACAGAGACUUGAAGCUGGACAAUGUCCUCCUGGACAAUGAGGGGCACAUCAAAAUUGCUGACUUUGGGAUGUGCAAGGAGAACAUGUUUGGAGAUGCAAAGACAAGCACUUUCUGUGGGACUCCUGACUACAUUGCCCCUGAGAUACUGCUGGGGCAGAAGUACAACACCUCCGUUGACUGGUGGUCCUUUGGUGUCCUCCUGUAUGAGAUGCUCAUUGGCCAAUCCCCUUUCCACGGCCAAGAUGAGGAGGAGCUUUUCCAGUCCAUCCGUAUGGAUAACCCCUUCUACCCUCGCUGGCUGAACAAGGAUGCAAAGGACAUUUUGGUGAAGCUUUUUGUAAGAGAGCCUGAGAGGAGACUGGGAGCAAGAGGGAACAUCCGCCAGCACGCCUUUUUCCAGGAAAUCAACUGGGAAGCUUUAGAAGAGAGAAGGAUGGAGCCUCCUUUCAAACCGAGAGUGAAAUCUCCAAGUGACUGUAGCAACUUCGACAAGGAAUUCCUAAAUGAAAAACCCAGACUGUCCUGUGCUGACAGAGCACUGAUUAACAGCAUGGACCAAAAUAUGUUCAGCAACUUCUCUUUUGUGAACCCUAAAAUGGAGAAAAUAUUUUCCUGAGAUCUGCCUUACUGAAGGAAUUCUCUGUAAUGAUUUGAGUAGCACUUUGUCAACUGAAGACUGUGCAUGGUUAUUUUUAUCAAGAACCCUCCAGAAAGAAAGCACCUCAGUGGAAGUUUGUACCAUGCCUGGAGGCUUCUGAUUUAUUCCAGUCUAUAGCAGAAGCCAGCCCACUCCUCAUUGAUGAUAAAGUUUCUUUGUGGUAUCUUUUGGUCUCUCUUCUCUCUCUUCCCAAUGCUCUCAAAAUGUGGAGGUGCCAAAAUGUGUUCCUCACUACUUGUACACAGAACCAACAGGUUUCUCUGUGAGGAAAAAUAUGUAUAUUUGAGCUUCUGGUGAUGUCAGUGCCUAUUUCUGCAACUCUGACCCAGACCCACCUUCUUCUGAAGGAAAAGUGGUUUGCUCAAGGACAGAGGGUGUCGGGGGAGACUCAGGUUGGAUGUUUUGGUAGCCCCCACUUGUACACGUGCAGAAUUGUCAAAGUGUGCGCAGCUUUGAAGAAGAAAUUUGCUCCCUACAUCCUUUAAAAAUGCUGUUCACAGGUGUUAGGACUCAAUUUUUCUCCAUGGGAUGAAGAGACUUUUUUCAGGUGCCCCAUUCCACCAUCUGCACCUCUCAAUGGAUUGCUACCAAAGGAAGUGCCAAGUUUGGUACAGAAAACCAGAGGUUUACACUUAGUGCCGCCUGAGCAGGAAGAAUGAGAGGUUGCACAAUGCUUUGAGAACCGUAUUCUAAAGCUUUAAGUGUCUUCUCACACACCAGACUCAGGGCAAGAUCUCCAUGGGGAUUUCUGGCAUUUUAACCUAAAACCACAUGAGAAAAAUGCAAUAUGUUUUCUCAAACCAUUGUUUAAGCAUUGUAAAAGUGGCCUUCCAGUCACAGAAUUGGGGUAUUUCACUUGAAAUUUCACUAGUGGGUCCUCCAAAGGUUGAUUUAACUUUCUCUAAAUGAUGUCCCAGCUCUAUGGCACAGGUCACUGAGCUGCACACGAUGGUCACAGAGCAGGAGACACAUCAGGUGAGGGUGGCCCUCACCUCCACCUUGUGACAUUUUGCUGUGUGUCCUAUCCCUUUGAAGUCUGUGGGAAUGUAGGUGGGUUUAAAAAAAAAGUCUUUCCUGUGAUCCUUUCAUCAUGGGAUCCUUUUAAAUAAAGAUGCACUGUUUCCUGUGGCUGGA